GAUUAAACAGUGUCGCAGCCACCAGGCCCCGAUAGGAGAGAGGUGCUUAGAGGUGGCAAAACCAUGAGCUGCGAGCAUCUUUAGUCAGCGCCUCAAACCUGUUCCCCCAGCUCCCUGCUGUGCUCCUGAGCUCGGUCAAACCUCCGUCCCACCUCUCCGCCCAACCCACAGCUCCCCAGACACUGCAGCGACGGCGGCUGGCCGUGCCCUGGGGUGUCUCCCUCUGCUCUCUCCUCCCACCCGAGCCGCUGAUCCUCCAGGGUGAUUCUCCCCCAGAUAUCCCAGGCUCAAAGGGGCCCGGGCUCUGACACUUGGGAAGACCCACGCUGCAGCCAACGGCGAAGGUUCGCCCACAGCCGCCAGGCAGCCUGCUGCGGAGGCAGAGGGAGUGCGACCCAGCCGUGUAGCCCAAACCACCGUCACUAGAUGCUGCGAUCCUACUAGCCUGCUAGCCUACACGUAUAUUCCCAUCCACAGCUUCGCCUCCAGUUCGCCGAGUGAUUCCCUGUCCGCCCAUCGAUCCCUUCCUCCAGCAUAUUAACACGCAGGGUCACCUCUGAAGAAAUCAGAGCGAAUGCACUCCCUCCUGGGCUUUAAACAGCCUUAGGCUGCUACCUCGAAGUACCUCGCGGUGAGUCACCACCUCCUCAGUUCUAGCACACACCUGCUCCAGCAUCAAGGCACCAAGCAAAGGUACUCACACCAGUGGUUGUAUUUAGAAGACACAUCUUAGAUAACGUAUUGUGUGCAGAAGCUCUGAUCAGAACCCCAGGUUCAGCAUGAGCUGCUCUCUCAAGACACCGAGCUGGCUGCAUAUCCUAGUAUUACCUUACGAGGCCAAGUCUAUCUUGCUGCAAAGUCCAGUAUGUUAAUGAGGGAAAGGAAUGAGACAUUGGAGAGUUCGUUUACUUUUCAUAAUAAUAUCAACCCAACAGGAAAUGCUGCAGGUUCGGUUUGGGGUGGUGCACUUUGUCCUGGCGCUUACUCUGCUGCAGGGGCCCGCCGGCACUGCUGUCCUGGCUGAGGCAGCUCCGCAGAAACAUCAAGCAAACCCAUCCCCUCUUCCUUUGCAGCCCUUUGACUCUUCCAUAGUAUUAGGCAUGGAAGCACAUUCCACAUCCAGCGAAGAGAAGUCAGCCACGGACCUGGCAGCUAAGCUGCUGCUUCUUGAUGAGCUAGUAUCUCUUGAAAAUGACGUGAUUGAGACCAAGAAGAAAAGAAGUUUCCCAGGGUUUGGGUCUCCCCUCGACAGGCUUUCUGCGAGUUCGGUAGAUCUGAAAGGCAAGCAGAGGAAGGUGGUGGAGUUGCCCAAGCGACGAUUUGGAAUUCCUCUGGACCGAAUCGGAACGAACCGUCUUGCCAGCACCAGGGGUUAGCAGAUGGUGCAAGUGCAUCUGCGCUGGAUGAUUGAUGCUGUAUUGGGAAUGUCACAGAAAUAUGGAAGACGCUUCAGAGAGUGUCUUGUCAUUGAGUAAUGAUUCAACAUUUAAGGAAUUGACCUACUGCAAAAUCUAUUUCACAUUGCAUUUUACAAACAAUAACAGAUUCAAUCCAUCAGAUCAGAACAUUCUCACAGCGACGUUUUGGUCUGACAAUAAAAGGGAACAGAAAAUGAGUGUAUAUAAUUUCACUGCAUAACCAUUUUUUUUUAACUCAUAAAAGUUUCUUAUCCUCGUAAGGACUAUUAGAAUUUUUGAAGAAAAAUAAAACUUUUAGAGAUACCAACAGCACUCUAUGGAAGGCAGAAUUGCUUUGUAAAUUUCACUCAAGAGGGUUGGUUAUUCGUUUUACUGCUUAAGGGGACAAAUCCAGCUUUUAUUCAGUCCUUAUUCAGGCAAAACUUUUACUGAUGUCAGCAGGAGUUUACCUGAAUAAAACCCACAUAAAUACCUUAGGAUUUAGCCUGAUACUUGUAGCAAUCUUUCCCUUACCUCUGUUGUACCUAUGUCAUGAAUCUUUUCAUCUGACAGACUCUGAAACUUGGUGAGGCUGUUACUUCCUUUACACCUCUGAGCUGAUUAGUUCCUUUCACUCCUUCUUGUGCAUAACAUGUGAUGAACUGGCGGUGCCCUCCAUGUAGAAGAUGAUACAGCCCCUGAGCCGUCUUCAUAGAGCACCUGGCUUUAGCUCCCUGAAAUGUUUAGGACAAGGAGAUUUCACCCCCUCUUCCUUCUCUCACCCUGCAAAACAUUACCGGAGCAGAGAUGCGGCUCAGUCUCAGUGUUUGGAUUUGCAUCCUGAUCUGAUUUUUCCCGAAGCUGGAGGUGUUCAGUGCUGGAAUUUGGGUCUAGCACAAAGAAAGGGGAGUCAGCUGGAUAGCUCAGAUCAGGUCCAAACUCCAAGGGUGAUUUGUACCAAUCUGUCGUCAGGAAUAAUCAUAUAGAGUCAUCCAGGAAAGGAACUAUGUCAGGAGGGGACCACAGGAGGCUGGGCCAUACCUGGGUCUUUCUCUUAGGUGUGACUGAAGCAAGGCAGCAAGCAGCAAUGUGCCACAAAACCCAGUUUUAGGCAGGUGGGCUGUGGCCUAUGUGGAGUAGUGAAUUAAGCAUCCACCUUCUGAUCUCAUGUACUACGCAGAGGAGGGAGACUGGCCACUAGUAGAAAGUUGGCUGAGUAGGGAGGAAUCCGACCAGCUCCCCAAGAGGGGCAAUGAUGUAAGAAACUAAUGUUUAAUGACAGUUCCUACCCUACCUCCCCCCCUCCCCCCCCCCCAUGACUGGAACUGGAGCUGGUUGAAAACAAGGAAUUUUCACAAAAAUCUUUAUUUUUGUCAACAUUUCUCAUUAAGAAAACUUCUCGAUGUUACAAAGCUGUGGCCUAAUAGGAUUUCACAACUGUAGCCUGUCACAAAUCUGUACUCCAAGGCACUUUGACCUUCACAGCUCCAGCGCUCUGCUGUCUGUUGUAUCUGCCUUUGCAUGGAUUGUGGGAUGGCAUGCACCAAUUUUCUCUGUCAGAUAGGAAACGAUGGGUUUGGCUGUUAGUUCUCUGCCUUUUUUUUAAAUAUAAAUGUAGCUAUUAGCUUUUAACCACUAAUGUUGUAGCAUAGUCACAAACGAUCACAUCCCCAGACUGAAAUCUGCAAUGUUACAGAAAGAAAGCAGGGCUAUGCCUGAGACGUGAUGAGUCGCCUCAUUCAUUUACUCCCGUUUUUCUUGGGUCUGCUGAAGUUUGUGUUGAAUUCUGCUUAUUUCUUUAAACGUGCAGUCUGAGGGGGACUCUCUCCCGGUUACACACCUGGGGAGGCUCAGACUGGAGAGAUCCAGAGUUAAUGCAUUAUGUUGGGAUGCUAAAACUAUGUUACAAUAAAAUGUACUGUGUAACUAUU